AUGAACCGUGUAAGCAAUGCAGCGGGCAAUGCGCGGGCCGCUCUGGCGGCGCUUACUAAGCAUGCUGCAAGAGAAGCCCUUUUCAUGCGGGUUUCCUGCGGUCUCGGAGGGAUGGUGAAAAAAGACCGAUUUUGUGGCGGAAGGGCCUUCACCCACAUGGCCAAUUUAGCUGGACGGAGCGCGGAAGUGAAGAAAGGAUCGAAAAACGAUCGAAAGGUAGUGGAACAAAGCCAAGCCAGCGCAGGACUACGCAGCGUGAGACUCGGCAUCGCCAAGGGCAGACGCGAUGGCGAAGGGUUACGCCCAGAAGAGGAGGAGCGAGAGGGUGGAAAUAAAGGGUUUCGUACGAAGCGAGACGCCGCGGCCCAUGUGCCAACGGUCUGUGUCGCUUUUCACGGGCGAGGCGUGGGAGCCAAUCUACAGAUAGAUCAUCAUUAUCGCCACCAUUAUUACCAUCGUCGCCACAUCGUUGAAGGGCCUGCCAAGACGUGGGUGGGCUAG